CUUUGUUUUCAUUGUCGCUCCUUUUUAAUCAUGGCUGCUCAUUCCGCCGAAGAGCCGUUCCCCUUUCACGGGCUUCUCCCCAAGAAAGAGACCGGCGCCGCGUCGUACCUCACCAGGUUCCCCGAGUAUGACGGGCGGGGGGUGCUGGUGGCGGUGCUGGACACCGGCGUGGACCCCGGGGCCCCCGGCAUGCAGGUCACAACUGAGGGAAAGCCAAAGAUCAUUGACAUCAUCGAUACAACAGGCAGUGGUGAUGUGAACAUGACCACAGUGGCAGAACCUAAAGAUGGCAUAAUCACUGGGCUCUCUGGAAGAACACUUAAGAUCCCUCCUGCCUGGGUCAAUCCAUCAGGGAAGUAUCGCAUUGGAGUUAAAAAUGGCUUUGAGUUUUUCCCUAAGGCUCUUAAAGAAAGAAUACAGAAAGAGCGAAAGGAGAAGAUGUGGGACCCACCACACAGAGCAGCAGUUGCUGAUGUUUGUCGCAAGACAGAAGACUUUGACCUCUCUCAUCCAACACCAUCACAGAUUGAGAAAUUACAAAAAGAAGAAUUGCAAAGUCAGUCGGAGCUACUAGCAUCAUUAGAAAAGAAGUACAGUGAUCCUGGUCCGGUGUAUGACUGUGUGCUUUGGCAUGAUGGUGUCACAUGGAAAGCCGUAGUGGACACAUCUGAGUGCGGAGAGCUGUCCCAGUCUACUGUGCUGAGCGCAUACAGAGAAAAACAAGAGUAUGCCACAUUAGGAAAUGCAGAAAUGCUUAACUACUCUGUAAAUAUAUACGAUGAGGGAAACACGCUCUGCAUCGUUACCAGUGGAGGGGCUCAUGGUACACACGUGGCAAGCAUUGCAGCAGGUUACUUCCCAGAGGAACCAGAGCGUAAUGGUAUUGCCCCUGGUGCCCAGAUCCUGGCUCUGAAGAUUGGUGACACACGGCUCAGCACCAUGGAAACGGGCACUGGACUCAUCCGCGCGAUGAUAGAAGUAAUCAACUAUAAAUGUGACCUGGUUAACUAUAGCUACGGGGAAGCCACGCACUGGCCUAAUUCAGGGAGGAUUUGUGAAGUUAUCACUGAAGCUGUGCAGAAGCACAACGUGAUUUUUGUGUCAAGCGCGGGAAAUAAUGGUCCCUGCCUUUCCACCGUUGGCUGCCCAGGAGGAACCACCAGCAGUGUCAUAGGAGUUGGUGCAUAUGUGACUCCAGACAUGAUGGUGGCAGAGUAUUCUCUGAGAGAGAAGCUGCCUCCCAACCAGUACACGUGGUCGUCCAGGGGCCCGAGCACUGACGGAGCUCUGGGCGUCAGCAUCAGUGCUCCUGGCGGGGCCAUCGCAUCUGUGCCCAACUGGACUCUUCGUGGGACUCAGCUAAUGAACGGCACAUCCAUGUCAUCUCCUAAUGCCUGUGGAGGCAUUGCACUAAUCCUCUCAGGACUGAAACAGAAUGAGAUCCGUCCCUGUGGUCCUGCUGUGAGGAGAGCACUGGAAAACACAGCUCUUAAGGUUGAUGACAUAGAGUUGUUUGCACAGGGACAUGGAAUCAUCCAGGUGGACAGAGCAUUAGACUACCUCAUUCAGCAUGCCUCUUUACCCACAAGCCACCUGGGCUUCUCAGUAAAUGUGGGAUCACAGAGAGGCAUCUACCUCAGGGACCCGGCCCAGGUUCUUGCACCCUCAGAUCACAGUGUCGGGAUUGAACCGAUUUUCUCAGAGAACACAGAAAACUCUGAGCGAAUCUCCUUGCAGCUGCACUUGGCGCUGACAUGCUCUGCCCCGUGGGUUCAGUGCCCCUCCCAUCUAGAACUGAUGAACCAGUGUCGUCACGUCAACGUCCGCAUUGAUCCUGUGGGACUGAGGGAGGGUGUGCACUAUACAGAGGUGUGUGGGUACGAUACAGCAGCACCCAGUUGUGGGCCGCUAUUCAGAGUUCCUAUAACGGUUAUUAUUCCUGUCAAAGUUGCAGAUGGUCGUAAUCAGGAAGCGACUUUCACAGAUGUUCAUUUCAGACCAGGACAGAUCAGACGUCAUUUCAUCACUGUUCCUCAGGGAGCCUCCUGGGCAGAGAUCACAUUGACCUCGCAUUCAGGAGACGUGUCUUCAAAGUUUGUUCUUCAUGCUGUGCAUUUGGUCAAGCAGAAAGCUUACAGAGCAAAUGAAUUCUACAAGUUCUCCUCACUGUUAGAAAGAGGCUCUGUAACAGAGGCUUUUCCUGUUUUGUCAGGUAGGGUAGUAGAGUUUUGCAUAGCGCGCUGGUGGGCGAGCUUGGGUGACGUCACAGUGGACUACAGCAUCUCCUUCCAUGGGCUCAAUGUUUCUCCUUCACCCCUGCACAUUCAUGCUUCAGAGGGAGUGACGAGUCUUGAUGUGUCAUCACCUCUGCGGUAUGAGGAGGUGUCUCCCACCAUUACCCUCAAGUCCUGGGUUCAGCCUCUGAGGCCCUUAAGCUCAAAGAUAAAGGCCUUGGGCAUGCGGGAUGUUCUGCCUAAUAACCGACAACUCUAUGAGAUCGUCCUCACUUACAGCUUUCACCAGCCUAAGAGUGGAGAUGUAACACCCAGCUGCCCAAUGCUGUGUGAGCUGCUGUAUGAGUCUGAGUUUGACAGUCAGCUGUGGAUGCUGUUUGAUCAGAACAAGAGGCUGCUUGGCUCAGGGGACGCCUACCCCCACCAGUAUUCUCUGAAGCUGGAAAAGGGGGACUACACUGUGCGUCUUCAGGUCCGCCAUGAGCAGUCCAAUGAGCUUGAGCGCCUGAAGGAUCUACCGUUUGUGGUCUCUCAUCGUCUGUCCACUACUCUCAGUCUGGAUGUUUACGAGACGCAUCGUAAUGCCCUCAUGGCCAAGAAGAAGUCAAACUCUCUCACUCUGUGUCCUGGUGCCACACAGCCUUUUUAUGUCACAGGUCUGCCCGAUGACAAGCUCCCUAAGGGUACGUGUCCAGGAUGCUACAUUUCAGGCUCUCUAGUUGUCCCCAAGAGCGAGUAUGGCAAGAAAGCUGGGCAGGCAUCUGCAAAACGACAAGGAAAAUUUAAAAAGGAUAUUAUUCCGGUCAUCUACCACCUAAUUCCUUCUCCUAACAAAACAAAGAAUGGAGGGAAAGAGAAAGACAAGGAGGGAGACAAAGAGAAAGAUGUGAAGGAUGAGUUUGCAGAAGCCAUGAGAGAUAUGAAGAUUCAGUGGAUGACAAAGUUGGAUUCCAGCUCCAUUUAUGAUGAACUGAUUGAAAACUAUUCUGAUUACCUACCGCUGCACGUGCAGAGACUGCACCAGCUGGACUCGGAGAAGGAGCGAGUAAAACGUCUCAGAGAGGUUGUGUCUGCAGCAGACAUCGUCAUCUCUCGUGUUGACCAAACAGCCUUAGCUGUUUACCUCACCAUGAAGGCCGACCCCAGACCAGAUGCUGCUUCUAUCAAGACUGAUAUGGAGAAGCAGAAGUCGUCUCUGCUGGAUGCUCUCUGUAGGAAAGGAUGCGCCCUUGCUGACCAGCUCCUUGUGCCCUCCGGGGCUCAGGACUGCGCUGGUGCCGUCGCUACAGAACAAGUGGGAGCACCGGAAGCUCUGGAGCAGGUGGCAAGCAGUACAGAUGACACCCUGCAAAAUGUGGCCAAGGCCCUUACAGAUGCAUUUUGGGAAGUGCAGAGGUGGGCAGAGCUGACUGACUCCAAGGUUUUGAUGUUUUCGUACAAACAUGCUCUGGUGAACAAAAUGUAUGGCCGAGCCUUAAAAUACGCCUCGAAGAUGGUAGAGGAGAAGCCCAGCAAAGAAAAUAUGAAGAACUGCAUUCAGCUCAUGCGUCACCUCGGAUGGUCACACUGCGCCACCUUCAGCGAGAACUGGCUCCCUGUCAUGUACCCGGCAGACUACACACCGUUCUAGGCACCAACUCACGCAUGCACAGGCAGCACGGCCCGACACAUCACGUAGUAACUUUGGCAUCAUAUCCCUUAGCGUUAUAAGGUCUAUGCAUCUGACCAACUAGUUGCCUCCUGAAUUUAAUUUUAUUCUUUUAUUUUUUUUAUUUUUAAGGCAAAUGUGGGUGAACACCACAAUAAAGGAUAAUGCCAAGUGUAAAUGGUUUGAUGCACGUGGCACCUUGUAACGCAUGGACUUCAGUUCAGCCUGUGGUAAAACUAUCUGAACCAGAGGUUACUUUUCAAAUGUUCACUGCCCCAGUUGGUCCUCUUGAAUCCCACCAAGAGAAAAAUAACAAAAAUAUAAAGCUGAAGAGGUUAUAAGCUGUCGCCAGAGACUCCGUGGGGUGUUUCUCUUUGUUACCAUCAUCCACUGGUUUGGGAUUUUAACAUCCAGUAAUCUUCAACUGUCUCCAUGCUCCAUAUCAGAAUAACAAUACUGUUUUCCUUGUAAAUACUGUCAGAACAAGACUGUCGUGGAUUUCAGGGAUUUGUCCCAAGUCUUCAAUGAAUAAGUGUGAACCCUUCUGCUCCCUUUUUAAUAUAUGAGAACUCAAACUGACAGUUCCAAUAGUAAAGUGGACCUGCUGCUGCAUGUGAUUGGACACACAAAGAUCCCUCGAGACAAAAGGGGCCUUUUUUUUUCUUUUUCCCCUUCCUUUUUUAUUGUUCUAGCUAAGUUAAGUUGACACUGUUAGUGUGUUAUCCUUGUCUCAGAACACAAAAAAGAAUAAUAUUGAGGUGCCUUUCUUUAUGUACCUUACCUUUUUCUGAUGGGAUGAAAACAGUGCGAGGGGUUUCUGCUACGGGAUCUAUCAACGCUCUGACUACUCACCUAUCAAUGUCUCAUGGUCAGUUGUACUUUGGAAGCUCGUAUCAGCAGCUCGAUGUGUGUGUGCACUGCAAUCAGGCUGUUGUUAACGUGGUGGGGGGCGUAGGAAGCUCUCCUCCAGAGGAGUAGGCCCACAUGCUUUAUGCUGCAGUUACUGGAGCUCCACAGUUGACAACCUUCUAGCAGACCUCACUCAUACAUGAUGCAGUUGUGGGAUGUUCAGAGUAGAUUAGUGGUAACAUGUUUGCUCAGUAUUAGAGUUUUCUGUGAAGGAUUCAGAAUGCUGCAUUUGUACACAGUGUCAUUAAAUAAUGUACAUACAUGCAUAACAUAAAAAUAUUAAGAUGCAAUAGGUAUAUGAUACAAAUAUUAUUCUAAUUAAUGUAUUUUGCUUAUAUGCAUGUCUUCUAGGAUGUAAGGAAACAUUUGUUUUAUGUGGAAGCAGAUUUUAGUUUGCUUCAGUUUGAAAAGAUUUUUAAUCCUAAAACAAUUGACAAUAUCCACUGUUACUUUCAUGAAUGUGUCUGUAAGACUUUAUGUAUUCCUGUGAACAUAUCUUGUAUACGUGAGCAUUUUUUUCAAACGGAGCAGAGACGAUAGCUGUUUAGAGGGGCAUUUUUAUACCUUAGUGGUUUGACGAGGUUUUGAUUUAUUGCAGAUCAAUUAUAUUUCACAUAACAGCUUAAAGUUUUGAAUGUUGUGACGUUUGGGCCUUUUGAUGCGUUUUUCCUUGAGGGCGCUACGAGGGAAUUUUACUUGCUGAAAUUUGGUGGAGUUGUAAGCUCACCUCUUUCUUUUUAUCUAAUCAACUCCAGGUUUCUUUUGUUUUUCCAACCUCUCCAGCUUAAAGAUCAUUUCAGAUUUUGACCGGUUUCCUCUGGAACAAAAAGAGACAUUACCUAAACAGUCUCUAGAUACGCAGCAAUAGUCUGUGCUGUAUGACAAGAGCGGCGGCCUCACCUCGAGCAUGUUUUAAAGGUCCUGGAACUUAUAAGAAAAACGUGGCUGCAGACCUGAAAGAAAAAUGCAUCAUAGAAAAGCAUGCAUUUGAAACUCAUCAGCAAAACAUGUGAGGAUGUAUUUGCUAAAACUUUUACAAACUCUUUUACUAGUUUUAAUUUCACCUGAAACAUAACACAGGACUAUAUUAUCACAUAUUAUAAUUUUAUAUCAAUUACUCUGGACCUUUUUUAUUUGUCGUCUAUAAUAUAAAGAACGUAUUUAAUUUCACUUGUUUAUAUCAGUUUAACCAAAGAAUUAUUUCCUGUGUUAAUCUGGUUUGAUUGUCCACAGUAAUAAGAACAUUGAGUUGAGCCAGUGGUGGAAAUGUGGAGGCUUUGGUUGCGUUCUCUCUCCUUGUUUUAAGCUCUCCUACACAUGAAAAAUGUCUGCGCAUGAAACUUUUGAAGGAAGUUGCUAAAGAGCCACUUAUUAUCUGAAGAGUAAAAAUGUUUUCUGUGGGUGUGUUUCAUAAUGGGAACUUUGCGUUUGUUUUUAUCUGUGGCUUGUAUAACUUCUCUGCAGUGGACUCGGCACAGGCCAAGCGUGCAGAGCUUUGCUGGAAUCAUUUCUGACGGGAUCUGUGCACAUCAUUGUUGUCUUCUGUUCUCUCUUUACCUCUAUCUUGACUUUUAUUGUUCCAGACAUUUCAUUCAGGGUUCACUUCUCCACCGUGCGUGUUGCCAAUAACAGUUUCUCCAAAAAUGGCCUUAAUUUUCAACACAGGACUUCGCCGUCCACCUCUGACACCAAACAGACUUCUCCUAUUUGUCACUCUCACUCUGCUGGUGUCGGGAAACACAUCAGAAUUGCUUAUUAUGGAUGUUGUGUUUAUAUUUAUAGCCAUAAAAAUCUAGUAAAUGCUAAUAUUUGAAAGAAUGUUAGGACUUAAAGUUGUAUGCUCUGUAUAAUUUUAUACCCAUCCUUCCUGGAUGAUGCAGACCUGAGCUACUGUCACGCUAUUUUGAGCUUAACGUGGAAUUGAUUCACAAAACAAAACAGUUGCACCGAAUAAAAUGAUUUGGAAAAAC